AUUAUGGCCAUCUUCCAUCCAAUAUAUUUUUAAGAAAUUUAGAUAUAAUCCAAAGAAGUAGAUUGAUAUAAUAGGUCUUUUCCUUUGCAUCGAAAGUGUAGCACUGAGCCACACUGAGCUAUCCUCCAUGCUACACCACUUCUGAAAAUAUCGUUCCAUUUACACAAAUUGUAUGGCCUAACCUCAGAAAAUUCGAAAUUGAUUUUUUGAGAAAUCGCAAACAACGAUGUGAUAUAAAGCAAACGGGAAAAGGCAAGAUUAUGAACUGUUAGGGAAACCUAAAAAUGUAAUAGUGUUAACAUGCUCAAGUCAAACUAUUUCGUCAUACCUUUUCUAAAUAAUUCAAUUUGGAGAUAUGGUUUACCUAUAAAUUUCAGAAAAUUAUCGCAUAUAAGAUUUAAACAUGUUGGAAAUAGGAAACCUCUACAAAUACAAGAUGAACCUUUAAAACCGGAUCAUAGAAAAAUAGGAAGAGAUCAAGAAUUAUAUUUCUUUAAUGAAAUGUCACCAGGCUCUUGUUUCUUUCAUUCCUAUGGUGCUCAUAUUUAUAAUACACUUGUAAAUUUUAUCAAGAAGCAAUAUAGAGUGAGAGGUUUUGAUGAAGUAAUAACUCCAAAUGUCUAUAAUGUAAAGUUAUGGAAAACAUCUGGUCAUUGGUCACAUUAUGCAGAAAACAUGUUUGCUUUUGAUAUCGAAAAAGAUAAGUAUGCAUUAAAACCAAUGAAUUGCCCCGGGCAUUGUCUAAUUUUUGAUAAUAGGAUUAGGUCAUGGAGAGAACUGCCCUUACGACUGGCUGAUUUUGGCGUAUUACAUAGAAAUGAACUUUCUGGUGUACUGACUGGUCUCACUAGGGUAAGGAGGUUUCAACAAGAUGAUGCUCAUAUUUUCUGUACUCCUGGACAGCUAAAAGAAGAGAUAAAUGAUUGUUUAGAUUUCAUAAAAUAUGUAUAUUCAACUUUUGGUUUUACCUUUGACCUAUGUUUAUCAACAAGACCAGAAAAAUAUAUGGGAGAUGUAGAUUUAUGGGAUUCAGCAGAGAAGGCUUUGGAGGAGAGUUUAAAUGCGUUUGGUUAUCCUUGGAAAUUGAAUCCUGGAGAUGGGGCAUUUUAUGGUCCCAAAAUUGACAUUACAAUUAAAGAUGCCCUAAGAAGAGACCACCAGUGUGCUACAAUUCAGUUGGACUUCCAGUUACCACUUAGGUUUGAUUUAUCAUAUGUAAGUGAUACUGGAGAAAAGAAGCAACCAGUAAUGAUACACAGGGCUAUUCUAGGAUCAGUAGAGAGGUGUAUUGCAGUUCUGGCAGAGUCCUAUGCAGGAAAAUGGCCAUUUUGGCUAUCCCCACGACAAGCUAUAGUCAUUCCUGUCAAGCCAACAUAUGACCAAUUUGCCGAACAAGUUAAACAAAAACUGUUCAAAGCAGGAUUUAUGGUAGAAAUAGACAAAAGCUUAGGGAGCACUCUUAGUAAAAAAAUCCGAACAUCUCAAUUGGCUCAGUUUAAUUUUAUUCUAGUUGUUGGUGAAAAAGAGCAAUUAAAUAACACUGUUAAUGUCAGAAGUAGGAACAACAUUGUACAUGGUGAACAUUCUGUUGAAAGUUUACUAGACAGAUUUAGUAGAUUAAGAGAUAAUUUUGUUAUAAAUGAAAAUGAAUUUUAAACAUAAAAUAAAUAUUAUUUUUAGUGUAUUUAUUUUACAGCUAUAGUUGCACGAUUAAUGCUGACCAAUUCUUUCCAAAACAUAAUCACUUUGGCCAAAAAAUGUGGAAUGUCAUUAAUGCUUUUUUAUAUCUUUGGUUGUUGACAGAAGGAAUUUUAACUUUGGCUUUUUUUCCUUCCUUGCUAACGAGUAUUUCUACUG